ACUCAUUCGCUCUGUUGUUAUACUGUUUACUUAUUAUUUUUAAUAUUAAUAUUUUUGUUUGUGCGAUCGUUAAUGUGCGUCGAGUGUUUUUUUGUAGCUAUUGCAGUGCUAUAAGAAUUGUUAAAUUAUUAUUUGUUUAAUUACUUUAAAUAAUAAUAAUAAUUAAAAAAAAUGUUUAAAUCUACAAAAAAAACCAAAGACCCCACAAAAAAUCGAGCUGUAAGUGACACUGCAAAGGUAAGUGAAAAAACUAUUAUUAAGAAUGAAAGCUCGACGGUGGUUCCGAAACAAAUGUUCAGCAAUAGGGUAGCUAACGAACAGCCAUUGAACGUAAGCGGUAAAGGGCGCAGUUCAACGCCACAUACCACGAAAAAGACGUUAGUCAAAGGCGUCGUAUCUAGGCAGGCUGCAGAAUCAUCAUCCACGGCUUCAAUUUCAAAAUCACUAAGCUCGUCUUCCAUAAAAAAGACUACAACUGGUAAAAGCAUUAAGACCAUCACCACCGUCGAUCAAGAUGGCAAUAUCCAUACGACCGUGGAAACGGUAGACGACAUACCACAAUCGACCACAGAAACCACUACCGAAGAGUCGAACACCGCAGAUUCGGCCAACGAGUAUGCCGAGUAUGCCGACCAAUAUUCCUUUGAAGGUGCCAUAGAAACGCCAGAGGGAUUGAACUCGCCGCGGUACUCUACAUCAAAUCGCCUAACUUCGUCGCAGAACUUUGAAAAUGAAUCAUCGUCGGUUGAUCAGUCGAUGUCUACGGAGACCAAUUAUAAUACCGUUACCUCACACGUUAGUUCCGAAUCAAAACAACUGUUGGACGCAAAUGAUACAAUACAACACGAAAAUACAGUAAGGUCAGUAAAUGGGAAAUUAAUUAAAUCUAUAGAUGAUAUGUCACGUGAUAACUCAAAUUAUUCAUAUCCACCAAAUAUUAGCGGACAAGUCGAUUUUACAGACACAAUGAUUAAUACAAAUAUAAAUUCAUCCGAAAAUAAAUUGAGUGCUACCCAACUUGACGAAAUAAAAAGUUUUAAUUAUGGUAGAAACCAUCAACAAAUAAAUAACGAAUCAAUAGAACUAAAAUCAUCUGCGAAUAAUUUAAAUUUAUUAAGUGAUUUUAAAGAAAAAACAUCUACUUCACGGGACUACGAAAAUAAAAUUUCUAAAGAUAUUGUUGAUAGCCAAGAUAUAAGUUCGGGAUUAACAGUAAAAAUGGUCGGUGGAAAAUUGAUAAAACAAUUUAAUACACCGUCAACAUCUAAACAAUCUCAAAAUAUCGUGAAUACUAAAGAGACGGAUAUAACAUACAAUGUGGAUGGUAAUAAACAACAGUAUCAAAAUAACGUAAAAACUUCAUUUGAAUCAGAUAUAAUUGAUCAAAAUAUAUCUACCGAUAAAUCUAAUGAUUAUAGUUCUGAGAUGUUCAUAACACAAAAAUAUAUACCGAUAUUUUCAAGAUCAAAUCAGGAAAUUGAUGAAAUAACGUCAUCGAGUAAUGAAAAUUCAAAAACAUUUUAUGAUAAAACUAGUAAAAUUGAUGAUUCCAGGUAUCAAAAUAAUACUGAAUAUAACUCAAAAGAUUUAUUUGGAAAAAAUAAAAAUGUUGAAAAUGACGGCUUAACAGUACGCAUGGUUGGUGGGAAAUUAAUUAAAUCUUUUAAAGAACCGACAAAAACCCCCAAAAAUGUAUCAAAUAUCUCAACGUCAAGUAAUAUAUCAAAUAGUGACAUUUCAUCCGGUGAUAUCACAACAUCAACGUCCUUUAUUACAAAUGAACAAUCAUCUAUUUCGAGUUCAUUUGGAGAAACAAGUAAAUCAAAUUCAAAAACUUCCAGCUCUGUAUAUCAAACUGCAGACGAACAAGAUACAUUUAAAAACCAGAAACAGCCAGAUUUAAAAAAUGAAAAAUUUGUUGAUAAUGUCGAUGAUGAAAGUUUGAGGGUGCGCGUAGUUGGUGGAAAAUUAAUUAAAACUUUCAAUGAGCCAACAACGUCAAAAAAAAAUAUAAUUGAUGUGUCAAAGUCAAGUAACAUUUCUAGGGAUAUUUCUUCAAGUGAUAUUACAACGUCUACAUCAUUUUCAACAAACGAACAAACUUCAGUUUCAAGUUCAUUUGUAGAAAACGAUCAUUCUAAUUUUAAUACUUCAAAAUCAAUGUAUCAAUCAGUAGACCGACCAGAUGAAACUAAACACAUACAACGGCCAGAUACUAAGAAAGAGAAAUCUAAACCAAAUAAAUCGGUUGAAAAUGUCGACGAAGAAGGAUUGACAGUUCGCGUAGUUGGUGGAAAAUUAAUUAAAACUUUUAAUGAGCCAACACCAUCCCACACAAAUAAUUUUAAUGUUUCUAAAUCUAGCAAUAUAUCAACUAGUGAUAUUUUGUCUGGUGAUAUUACAACGUCUACAUCCUUUAUUAGUAAUGAACAAUCAUCACUAUCAAGUUCAUAUGGAGAAACUGAUCAAUCAAAUACAAAAACGUCUAAUUCUGUAAAUCAAAAACUCGACCGACCAAAUACAUUUAAAAACAAGGAACAGCAAGAAGUCAAAAAUAAUAAAUUCAAAUCUGAACAAAUUACUAAUAAUGUCGACGAAGAAGGGUUGAACGUUCGUAUGGUUGGUGGAAAAUUAAUUAAAACUUUCAACGAGCCAACAACAUACAAACAAAAUAAUACUGAUACAUCGAAAUCAAGUAAUAUUUCAACUAGUGAUAUUUCAUCAAGUAAUACUACAACAUCUACAUCGUUUUCUACGAAUGAAUUAACUUCGGUUACGAGUUCACAUGUAGAACGUGAUCAAACUAAUAUUAACGCAUCAAAAUCUUUGUAUCAAACAACAGAUCGACCACAUGAAACAAAAAACACAAAACAGCUGGACAGUAAGGAAGAUAAAUCAAAACAAAAAAAUCCAUGUAAAAAUGUCGACGAAGAAGGCUUGACAGUGCGUAUGGUUGGUGGAAAAUUAAUAAAAAAAUUCAAUGAGCCAACGCCAUCCAAGAAAAACAGUUUUGACGUUUCUAAAUCAAGUAAUAUUUCAUCUAGUGACAUUUCUUCUGGUGACAUCACAACAUCAACAUCAUUUAUCACAAAUGAACAGUCGUCGUUUUCAAGUUCAUUUGGAGAAACUAACCAAUCGAGCAUAAACACAUCAAAAACAUCGAAGUCUGAAAAUGAGAAACCUGAUGAUUUCAAAAAUAAGAAACAGCCAGGGUCAAAAAAAGACAUGCCUAAACAAAUAACUACAGUUGAUAUUGUCGACGAAGAAGGUUUGUCUGUACGCAUGGUUGGUGGAAAAUUAAUUAGGACUUUCAAAGAGCCAACUCCUUCAAAAAAAAAUACAACUAACUUUUCGAAGUCAAGUAAUAUUUCAACUAGUGAUAUUUCAUCAAGUGAUAUUUCUACAUCAACAUCCUUUUCUACAAACGAACAAAGUUCACUUUCGGGUUCAUAUGUAGAACGCGAUCAAUCAAAUCUUAAAGCAACCAAAUCUUUGUAUCAAUCAUCAGAUCAUCCACAUGAAACGAAAAACGCGAAAUCGGCGGACACUAAGAAAGAUAAAUCUAUACCAAAUAAAUCUAUUGAGAAUGUCGACGAAGAAGGUUUGUCUGUACGCAUGGUUGGUGGAAAAUUAAUAAAGACUUUCAAAGAGCCGACACCAUCAAAAAAAAAUACUACUGACAUGUCUAAGUCGACUAAUAUAUUAACUAGUGACAUUUCAUCUAGUGAUAUUUCUACAUCAACAUCGUUUAUUACAAAUGAACAAUCGUCGUUUUCUAGUUCAUUUGGUGAAACUGACCAAUCGAGUAUAAACACAUCAAAAACAUCGAAGUCUGAAAAUAAGAAAACAGAUGAUUCAAAAAAUAAGAAACAACCAGAGACUAAAAAAGACUUAUCUAAACCAAUAACUACAGUUGAUAUUGUCGACGAAGAAGGUUUGUCUGUACGCAUGGUUGGCGGAAAAUUAAUAAAGACUUUCAAAGAGCCGACACCAUCAAAAAAAAAUACUACUGACAUGUCUGAGUCGACUAAUAUAUUAACUAGUGACAUUUCAUCUAGUGAUAUUUCUACAUCAACAUCGUUUAUUACAAAUGAACAAUCGUCGUUUUCUAGUUCAUUUGGUGAAACUGACCAAUCGAGUAUAAACACAUCAAAAACAUCGAAGUCUGAAAAUAAGAAAACAGAUGAUUCAAAAAAUAAGAAACAGCCAGAGACUAAAAAAGACAUGUCUAAACCAAUAACUACAGUUGAUAUUGUCGACGAAGAAGGUUUGUCUGUACGCAUGGUUGGCGGAAAAUUAAUAAAGACUUUCAAAGAGCCGACACCAUCAAAAAAAAAUACUACUGACAUGUCUAAGUCGACUAAUAUAUUAACUAGUGACAUUUCAUCUAGUGAUAUUUCUACAUCAACAUCGUUUAUUACAAAUGAACAAUCGUCGUUUUCUAGUUCAUUUGGUGAAACUGACCAAUCGAGUAUAAACACAUCAAAAACAUCGAAGUCUGAAAAUAAGAAAACAGAUGAUUCAAAAAAUAAGAAACAACCAGAGACUAAAAAAGACUUAUCUAAACCAAUAACUACAGUUGAUAUUGUCGACGAAGAAGGUUUGUCUGUACGCAUGGUCGGCGGAAAAUUAAUAAAGACUUUCAAAGAGCCGACACCAUCAAAAAAAAAUACUACUGACAUGUCGGAGUCGACUAAUAUAUUAACUAGUGACAUUUCAUCUAGUGAUAUUUCUACAUCAACAUCGUUUAUUACAAAUGAACAAUCGUCGUUUUCUAGUUCAUUUGGUGAAACUGACCAAUCGAGUAUAAACACAUCAAAAACAUCGAAGUCUGAAAAUAAGAAAACAGAUGAUUCAAAAAAUAAGAAACAGCCAGAGACUAAAAAAGACAUGUCUAAACCAAUAACUACAGUUGAUAUUGUCGACGAAGAAGGUUUGUCUGUACGCAUGGUCGGCGGAAAAUUAAUAAAGACUUUCAAAGAGCCGACACCAUCAAAAAAAAAUAUUAUCGAAAUUUCAAAAUCAAGUAACAGUAACAAUGUAAUUAGUGAUAAUUCUUCAAAUGAUAUUACUACGUCAUCAUCGUUUAUAACUAAUGAACAGUCAUCAUUUUCAAGCUCAUUAGGAAAAACUGACCAAUCGGAUAUAAAAACUUCAACGAAAUUCAAGUCUGUAAAUAAAAAUACUGACCAAUUAAAUGAGUCAAAAAAUAAGAAACAGCCAAUCGUGAAUAAAGACAAGUCUAAACCAAUAUCUACUGUCAAUAUUGUCGAUGAAGAAGGCUUAACCGUACGCAUGAUCGGCGGAAAGUUAAUUAAGAAUUUUAAAGAGCCAACACCGACAAAAAAAACUAUCACUGAUGUGUCGAAGUCAAGUGAUAUUUCAACUUAUGACAUUUCUUCAAGUGGUAUUACAACGUCAACAUCGUUUACUACAAAUGAACAAACUUCGGUAUCAAGUUCAACUGGGAAAACUGAUCAGUCUAAUGUAAAGACAUUUAAUUCUGUGUAUAGAAUAGACGGACCAGAUGAAAUAAAUAACAAGAGCCAGCCAGAUGCUAAGAAAGAAAAAUCUAAACCAAAUAAACCUGUUGAAAAGGUUGACGAAGAAGGUUUAUCUGUGCGUAUGGUUGGAGGAAAAUUAAUUAAGACUUUCAAAGAGCCAACACCGUCCAAAAAAAAUACUACUGACGUGUUGAAGUCAAGUAACAUUUUAACUAGUGAUAUUUCAUCAAGAGAUAUUACAACGUCAACAUCGUUUACUACCAAUGAACAAACUUCGGUUUCAAGCUCAUAUGUAGAAAGUGAUCAAUCAAAUAUAAAUAAAAUAUCAAAAACGUCUAAUUCUACAAAUCAAAAAACCGAUCGACCAGAUGUUACAAAAAGCAAGAAACGACCAGAACCUAAAAUAGAUAAGUCCAAACCAAAAACUACUGUUGAUAAUGUUGACGAAGAAGGCUUGUCGGUACGCAUGGUCGGCGGAAAAUUAAUUAAAACUUUUAAAGAGCCAUCUCGAAAUGUUGUAAAAAAUACUUCUAAAUCUAAUACAUUAAAUACUAAUUUAAACAGCCAACGUACUAAUGUAAAUGUAGAUACUAAUUCUCAAGUUUUAAAUACAACUUAUAUUAUUGAUGAAUCAUCAUCAAAUAAUGAAGUAAUAAAGACCGUUAAGACUAGUAAUGACAGUAGUACAACAAUCGUUGAUGGGAAAACCGUAAAAAGUUAUAAAGGACCCGAGAGGUCUCCACGGAAACCGAAAUCUGAUGUACCAGAUAAAACGAAUGCAGACGUUAUGCCUUUUGAUAAUAAUUAUAAUACGUCGUUAAUCGAUACUAAACACGUUCAUGAUGUAUUUUAUGACGUUUCCGAAGAAUCUUACAUCGAGUCUCGACAGUUUUCGGAGCAAUCUAUAGUUCAAGAUUUUCAAGUAACAUCGAAUACAUCGGAAUAUUAUCCCGAAAGGCCUGCUAGAAAUAGGGAUGUAAGAGAUAACAUCGUUGUUCAAGAUAUCACCGACUUCGUGUCUAUUUCAAAUCAUGCAGAAGUUAUAGAAAAUAGAAAAACUUCCGAAGUGGUGUUUGAAAAAUCAGUAGUGAAAGGGAUGACCGAAAAUUAUGAAAACCGCGUAUCUUCGUCGAAAAAGGUCCAAGAAAAUAAAGUAGACAAAAAGUCAAGACACCAAAAGGAAAUUACUGCAACCCCGAAGGAACAAUGUAUUUGCGAAAUUUGUACCUGUGGACGUCAUCGAUGUCCACACACACCUGGAACAGAUAGGUCUCCACUAGAUUUGGAGCCUAUAUCGUCUCCAAAAUUAUCAAGAAAUAAAGAAGAGUACCAACCAAUACCAUUUGACCGCGUCGAAAGGCCUAGCUUGCAGAGACUCAAUACUGAACUAACUAUAAACGAAGGAAAAAUUGAAAAUACUACGGCCUACAGAUCGGAGUUUGAGGAAAAACAUGCAGAACGUCAAUUCCGAUAUAAAAUGGAAGAUCAACUUCAUCUCGAAGGUGAUUAUUCUCCACAGAGAAAACAAGAGUAUACGGGACUUCCUGGCGAUCGCUAUACAUCACGUAAGCCACAAGAUAACUUAAAACCUGAAGGAGACUUUGAAAGACCGAUUCGUGAAAAAGUCACACCAGCAGAACGACCGAAACCGAUAAAACCUAUCGAUAAUUUGAAACCAGAGGGUGAUUUUGAAAGACCACAACCAUUGAAGUACGGGCCUGGUGAGAGAGCACCAAUUGUCAAACAUCCGGACAAUUUAAAACCUGAAGGUGACUUUGAAAGACCUACGCGUGAAAAAGUGACACCUGCAGAACGACCAAAACCGAUUAAGCCUAGCGAUAAUUUGAAGCCAGAGGGUGACUUCGAAAGACCACAACCGUCGAAGUACGGGCCCGGUGAGAGAGCACCAAUUGUCAAACAUCCGGACAAUUUAAAACCUGAAGGUGACUUUGAAAGACCUACGCGUGAAAAAGUGACACCUGCAGAACGACCAAAACCGAUUAAGCCUAGCGAUAAUUUGAAGCCAGAGGGUGACUUUGAAAGACCACAACCAUCUAAGUACGGGCCUGGUGAUAGAGCACCAAUUGUCAAACAUCCGGACAAUUUAAAGCCAGAAGGUGACUUCGAGCGGCCUACACCCGCCAAAGUGCAACCGGCAGAUCGACAAAAACCAAUUAGACCAAAAGACAAUUUACGACCUGAAGGUGAAUUCGAUAGGCCUGUACCAUCUCAAUACGGACCAGGUGAUCGAGCACCAAUAGUUAAGCAUCCGGAUAACCUUAAGCCUGAAGGAGACUUUGAUAGGCCCAAACCUAAUAAAUAUGCACCUGGAGAUCGAGCACCCAUAGUAAAACAUCCAGAUAAUUUAAAAUCAGAAGGAGAUUUUGAUAGACCAGAACAGCCCCAAGUACCAAAGAGAGGAGAGAGAGCACCUAUUAAGAAACCUAUUGACAAUUUACGACCAGAAGGCGAAUUCUACGGAGAAAGAACAGUAACGAAAAUUGUAAAAGGAGAAAGAGCUGAAAUCCGAAGACACGAAGACCAACUUGUAAUUGGUGGAGAAUUUACAGAUACCACCACACAAAGAACGGAGUUUACAGGAGAGGCCACAGACCGUCCAAGGAUGAUACGUAGAAAUACAUGGACCAAACUGGAAGGAGAUAUUUUGGUAGUACCAAAAAAUAAAGAAGAUUACCCAGAACGUCCAGUCGUCCGAAGCGAAAAAGGAAAAAAAAAAAAAGAUACAUUAAAUAUAACAACAGGAGAUUUUUAUUCGAACACGUCGUCUCAAGAAGCAUAUCAACGACACGAUACGAAAAAAAUAGAAAUUAUAAAGAAACGAACAGACAAUUUAAUAUGUGAAGGAGAAAUGUCUUUUGAAACGUCACGAAUGGCUGAUUAUUCCGCAAAAACCGUAGAAUUAGAAAAACCGGUAAGGCGACGUACAUGGACCAAGCAAGAUGGAGAAAUAUACUUCCAAACUACAACUUCAGAAGUUUUUAAACAACAUAACGAAACUAAUAUGCGACAUACUAUAAAAAAACACACAGAUAAUAUAACUAUUGAAGGCAAAUUUGAUGAUAGAACACAUUCCAAGGAACAAUAUAAAAACAUUCAGACAGAAAGACCAAUACAAAAAAAACCAAUAGAUAAUUUAAAACCAGAAGGUGAAUUUGAUAGACCGCAAAAAGAAAAGUAUAAGCCAUCAGAGAGACCUAAACAAAUAAAACCUACAGACAACUUAAAACCGGAAGGGAACUUUGAACGUCCGAAACAAAAAGAUUACAAAACAGGAGAGAGGCCAAAACAAAUAAAACCACAAGAUAACCUUAAACCAGAAGGAGAAUUUGAAAGGCCAAUCGAAGAAAAGUAUAAACCCAGUGAAAGACCAUCUCCUUUUAAGCCAUCGGAUAAUUUGAAACCAGAAGGAGACUUUGAUCGACCAAAAAAUGAAAAGUAUAAACCAAGUGAGCGCCCUGCUCCAUUUAAACCAAGUGAUAAUUUAAAACCUGAAGGUGAAUUCGAAAAACGUACACCACAGAAGGUUGGCCCUGGUGACCGUGCUCCAAUUGUUAAACCAAAAGACAAUUUAUAUCCAGAAGGUGAAUUCCAACGACCUAAACCUGAUGAAUUCCAACCAUCCGAAAGACCUAAGCAAGUCAAACCACAAGAUAAUCUGUUCCCUGAAGGAAGUUUUGAACGCCCCAAAUAUCCAGAGUAUUCUCCAUCUGAGAGACCAAAGCAAUUCAAGCCUACGGAUAAUCUUAAGCCAGAAGGUGACUUUGAAAGACCAAUUUCUGAAAAGUUCAAACCAAGUGAACGUCCAACACCAUUUAAACCUAGUGAUAAUUUAAAACCAGAGGGUGAAUUUGAAAAACGUGUACCUCAAAAGGUUGGCCCCGGUGAUCGAGCUCCAAUAGUUAAACCUAAAGACAAUUUAUAUCCAGAAGGUGAUUUCCAACGACCUAAACCAGAUGAUUAUCGACCGUCUGAAAGGCCAAAGCAAGUAAAACCACAAGACAAUCUAUUUCCGGAAGGUAGUUUUGACCGUCCUGAAUUACCUGAAUAUUCACCAUCUGAAAGACCUAAACAAUUUAAACCUACAGACAAUCUUAAACCAGAAGGUGAUUUUGAACGACCAGUUUAUGAAAAGUUCCAACCAAGUGAACGUCCUGCUGCUUUUAAACCAAGUGAUAAUUUAAAACCAGAAGGUGAAUUUGAAAAACGAACUCCACAGAAAGUUGGUCCUGGAGAUCGUGCACCAAUUGUUAAGCCAAAAGACAAUUUAUAUCCAGAAGGUGAAUUCCAACGACCUAAACCAGAUGAUUAUCGACCGUCUGAAAGACCAAAGCCGGUUAAACCACAAGACAAUCUAUUUCCGGAAGGUAGUUUUGACCGUCCUGAAUUACCUGAAUAUUCACCAUCUGAAAGACCUAAACAAUUCAAACCUACAGACAAUCUUAAACCCGAAGGUGAUUUUGAACGUCCAGUUUAUGAAAAGUUCCAACCAAGUGAACGUCCUGCUGCUUUUAAACCAAGUGAUAAUUUAAAACCAGAAGGUGAAUUUGAAAAACGAACUCCACAGAAAGUUGGUCCUGGAGAUCGUGCUCCAAUUGUUAAGCCAAAAGACAAUUUAUAUCCAGAAGGUGAAUUCCAACGACCUAAACCAGAUGAUUAUCGACCGUCUGAAAGACCAAAGCAGGUUAAACCACAAGACAAUCUAUUUCCAGAAGGCAGUUUUGAUCGUCCUGAGAUACCUGAAUAUUCAACAUCUGAAAGACCAAAACAAUUUAAGCCUUUAGAUAAUCUUAAACCAGAGGGAGAUUUUGACCGUCCCGUUUAUGAAAAGUUCAAGCCAAGUGAGCGCCCAACACCAUUUAAACCAACGGAUAACCUUAAACCAGAAGGUGAAUUUGAAAAACGUGCGCCACAGAAGGUUGGUCCAGGUGAUCGUGCACCAAUUGUUAAACCUAAAGACAAUUUGUUUCCAGAAGGUAAUUUCGAAAGACCCGAGUAUCCAGAGUAUUCACCUUCUGAAAGACCAAAACAAUUUAAACCUACUGAUAAUCUUAAACCAGAAGGAGAUUUUGACCGUCCGGUACAUGAAAAGUUUAGACCUAGUGAAAGACCUGCAGCGUAUAAACCAUCUGAUAACCUAAAACCAGAAGGGGAAUUUGACAGAAGGAAGCCAGAAGAAUUCCAACCGGCUGAACGAGUAAAACAAGUCAAACCCCAAGAUAAUCUAUUUCCUGAAGGUAACUUUGAAAGACCUGAAUAUCCUGAAUAUUCACCAUCAGAAAGACCAAAACAAUUUAAACCUACUGAUAAUCUUAAACCAGAAGGAGAUUUUGACCGUCCGGUACAUGAAAAGUUUAGACCUAGUGAAAGACCUGCAGCGUAUAAACCAUCUGAUAAUCUAAAACCUGAAGGGGAAUUUGAUAGAAAAAAGCCAGAAGAAUUCCAACCAGCUGAACGAGUAAAACAAGUCAAACCACAAGAUAAUCUAUUCCCCGAAGGAAAUUUUGAAAGACCUGAAUAUCCGGAAUAUUCACCAUCAGAAAGACCAAAACAAUUCAGACCAAAUGAUAAUCUUAGGCCUGAGGGAGAUUUCGAACGGCCUGUAUAUGAAAAGUUUAAACCUAGUGAGCGUCCAACACCAUUUAAGCCAACAGAUAACUUAAAGCCAGAAGGUGAAUUUGAAAAGCGUACACCACAGAAGGUAGGACCUGGUGAUCGUGCUCCAAUUGUUAAACCUCAAGAUAAUCUAUAUCCAGAAGGUAAGUUUCAUCGACCGAAACCAGAUGAAUUUCAACCAUCUGAAAGACCUAAGCAAGUCAAACCACAAGACAAUCUGUUCCCAGAAGGCAGUUUUGAUCGUCCUGAGUUACCUGAAUAUUCACCAUCUGAAAGACCUAAACAAUUUAAGCCUACAGACAAUCUUAAACCAGAAGGUGAUUUUGAAAGACCCGUUUAUGAAAAGUUCCAAGCUAGUGAACGUCCUACACCAUUUAAACCAACAGACAACCUAAAACCCGAAGGUGAAUUUGAAAAGCGUGUACCUCAAAAGGUUGGGCCAGGUGAUCGAGCUCCAAUAGUUAAACCUAAAGACAAUUUGUAUCCAGAAGGUGAGUUCCAAAGACCAAAACCAGAUAAUUACCAGCCUUCUGAAAGACCAAAGCAAGUGAAACCACAAGAUAACUUGUUUCCUGAAGGAAGUUUUGAUCGACCUAAUUAUCCUGAGUAUUCAGCAUCUGAGAGGCCAAAACAAUUUAAGCCUAUAGAUAAUCUAAAACCAGAAGGUGAUUUCGAACGUCCAGUUCACGAGAAGUUUAAACCAAGUGAGCGGCCUACUGCUUUUAAACCGAGUGAUAAUUUAAAACCAGAAGGAGAAUUUGAAAAACGUACACCACAGAAAGUUGGUCCGGGUGAUCGUGCACCAAUUGUUAAACCUAAAGACAAUUUGUAUCCAGAAGGUGAGUUCCAACGACCAAAACCUGAUGAUUAUCAGUCAUCUGAAAGACCAAAGCAGGUGAAACCUCAAGACAAUUUGUUCCCCGAAGGAAGUUUUGUUCGACCAGAAUUACCUCAAUAUUUACCCUCAGAAAGACCAAAACAGUUCAAGCCUACUGACAAUCUUAAACCGGAAGGUGAUUUUGAAAGACCUGUUUAUGAAAAGUUCCAAGCAAGUGAACGUCCUACACCAUUUAAACCCAGUGAUAAUUUGAAACCUGAAGGUGAAUUCGAAAAACGUACACCUCAGACAGUUGGUCCAGGUGAUCGUGCACCAAUUGUUAAACCUAAAGACAAUUUGUAUCCAGAAGGUGAGUUCCAACGACCAAAACCUGAUGAUUAUCAGUCAUCUGAAAGACCAAAGCAAGUGAAACCUCAAGACAAUUUGUUCCCCGAAGGAAGUUUUGUUCGACCAGAAUUACCUCAAUAUUUACCCUCAGAAAGACCAAAACAGUUCAAGCCUACUGACAAUCUUAAACCGGAAGGUGAUUUUGAAAGACCUGUUUAUGAAAAGUUCCAAGCAAGUGAACGUCCUACACCAUUUAAACCCAGUGAUAAUUUGAAACCUGAAGGUGAAUUCGAAAAACGUACACCUCAGACAGUUGGUCCAGGAGAACGGGCACCAGUUGUUAAACCAAAAGAUAAUUUGUUUCCGGAAGGGGAAUUUGAAAGACCAGAGCAUCCAGAAUACGCGACAUCUGAGAGACCUAAACAGUUUAAACCUACAGAUAAUCUUAAACCUGAGGGAGAUUUUGAACGUCCAAUACAUGAAAAGUUUAGGCCUAGUGAACGUCCGGCUGCAUAUAAGCCAUCAGAUAAUCUUAAACCAGAAGGCGAAUUUGAAAGAAAGAAACCAGAUAAAUUCCAACCAGCUGAACGGGUUAAGCAAGUAAAACCACAAGAUAAUUUGUUUCCUGAAGGUGAAUUUCAAAGACCAGAGCAUCCAGAGUAUUCGCCAUCUGAGAGACCUAAACAGUUUAAACCUACUGACAAUCUUAAACCGGAAGGAGAUUUUGAGAGACCAGUUUAUGAGAAGUUCAAGCCAAGUGAGCGACCAUCACCAUUUAAACCAACAGAUAACCUAAAACCCGAGGGAGAUUUCGAAAAACGUACACCACAGAAAGUUGGUCCAGGAGAACGGGCACCAGUUGUUAAACCAAAAGACAAUUUGUUUCCUGAAGGUGAAUUUCAAAGACCAGAGCAUCCAGAGUAUUCGCCAUCUGAGAGACCUAAACAGUUUAAACCUACUGAUAAUCUUAAGCCUGAGGGAGAUUUCGAACGUCCAAUACAUGAAAAGUUUAGGCCUAGUGAACGUCCGAACGCAUAUAAGCCAACAGAUAAUCUGAAAACCGAAGGGGAAUUUGAAAGAAAGAAACCACAUGAAUUCCAACCAGCUGAACGAGUUAAGCAAGUAAAACCACAAGAUAAUCUAUUCCCCGAAGGAAAUUUUGAACGACCAGAGUAUCCAGAAUAUUCACCAUCCGAGAGACCAAAACAAUUUAAGCCUACUGAUAACCUAAAGCCUGAAGGUGAUUUUGAACGUCCAGUUUAUGAAAAAUUUAAACCAAGUGAGCGGCCAACUGCUUUUAAACCAAGUGACAAUUUGAAACCGGAAGGUGAAUUUGAAAAGCGUAAGCCAGAUGAAUUCAGGCCGUCUGAACGACCAAAGCAAAUCAAACCACAAGAUAAUUUGUUCCCCGAAGGUUCUUUUGAACGUCCUGUACAUCCCGAGUAUUUAGCGUCUGAGAGGCCAAAACAAUUUAUACCAAAUGAUAAUCUUAAACCAGAGGGAGAUUUUGAACGUCCCGUUUAUGAAAAGUUCAAGCCAAGUGAGCGUCCAACACCAUUUAAGCCAACGGAUAACCUAAAACCUGAAGGAGAAUUUGAAAAGCGCACGCCACAGAAAGUUGGACCCGGUGAUCGUGCUCCAAUCGUUAAACCUAAAGACAAUUUGUAUCCUGAAGGUGAAUUCCAAAGACCGAAAACAAAUGAAUUCCAACCAUCUGAAAGACCUAAGCAAGUCAAGCCACAAGACAAUCUGUUUCCUGAAGGUGAAUUUCAAAGACCAGAGCAUCCAGAGUAUUCUCCAUCUGAGAGACCAAAACAGUUUAAGCCUACAGACAAUCUUAAACCGGAAGGAGAUUUUGAGAGACCAGUUUAUGAGAAGUUCAAACCAAGUGAACGUCCAACACCAUUUAAACCUAGUGAUAAUUUAAAACCAGAGGGUGAAUUUGAAAAACGUGUACCUCAAAAGGUUGGCCCCGGUGAUCGAGCUCCAAUAGUUAAACCUAAAGACAAUUUAUAUCCAGAAGGUGAAUUCCAACGACCAAAACCUAUUGAAUUCCAACCAUCUGAAAGACCUAAGCAAGUCAAGCCACAAGACAAUCUGUUUCCAGAAGGCAGUUUUGAUCGUCCUGAUUAUCCAGAGUAUUCAUCGUCUGAGAGGCCAAAACAAUUUAAGCCUAUAGAUAAUCUAAAACCAGAAGGUGAUUUCGAACGUCCAGUUUAUGAAAAGUUCCAACCAAGUGAACGUCCCGCUGCUUUUAAACCAAGUGAUAAUUUAAAACCAGAAGGUGAAUUCGAAAAACGAACUCCACAGAAAGUUGGUCCUGGAGAUCGUGCACCAAUUGUUAAGCCAAAAGACAAUUUAUAUCCAGAAGGUGAAUUCCAACGACCUAAACCAGAUGAUUAUCGACCAUCUGAAAGGCCAAAGCAAGUAAAACCACAAGACAAUCUAUUUCCGGAAGGUAGUUUUGACCGUCCUGAAUUACCUGAAUAUUCACCAUCUGAAAGACCUAAACAAUUUAAACCUACAGACAAUCUUAAACCCGAAGGUGAUUUUGAACGUCCAGUUUAUGAAAAAUUCAAACCAAGUGAGCGGCCUGCUGCUUUUAAACCAAGUGACAAUUUGAAACCGGAAGGUGAAUUUGAAAAACGAACUCCACAGAAAGUUGGUCCUGGAGAUCGUGCACCAAUUGUUAAACCUAAAGACAAUUUGUAUCCAGAAGGGGAAUUUCAACGACCAAAACCUAAUGAAUUCCAACCAUCCGAAAGACCUAAGCAAAUCAAACCUCAAGACAAUCUAUUUCCUGAAGGAAGUUUUGAACGGCCCAAGCAUCCAGAGUAUUCACCAUCUGAAAGACCAAAACAAUUUAAACCUUCUGAUAAUCUUAAAUCAGAGGGAGAUUUCGAUCGUCCGGUACAUGAAAAGUUUAGACCUAGUGAACGACCGACUCCAUUUAAACCCAGUGACAAUUUGAAACCUGAAGGUGAAUUUGAAAAACGGACACCACAGAAAGUCGGGCCUGGUGAUCGUGCCCCAAUUGUUAAACCUAAAGACAAUUUGGUUCUAGAAGGCGAAUUUGAGAAACGUAUUCAACAAGUAGUGGGUCCAGGUGAUAGGGCUGCUAUCGUCAAACCUAAGGAUAAUUUAUAUCCUGAAGGUGUAUUAGACACAUCAUAUAUUAAGAACAUAUCUGAAGUAUCUGUAGGUGAAAGAGCCGUUAUUCACAUUCACGAAGAUAACUUAAAGAUGACUGGCGAACAUUCUAUUUUUAAGAAAGACGAUUAUACGCAUAAAACUGGUAUUCGUUCUGAAAUUGUUAAACAUGAGGAUAAUCUGAAAGUAGAAGGUGAAUUCAUGGAUAGUUUUAAACGAAGUGAUUAUUCAGCAACUAGAGGGGAGCGGUCUGAAAUUAUUCACAGAGAAGACAAUUUAAGAAUUGAAGGUGAGUUUAUUGAUAUGCACUCGAGAAAUGAUUAUAGUAAACACGUUGUGAAUAGAGUAUCUUCAGUUAUGAAACAUGAAGACAACCUUAGAAUGGAGGGGGAAUUUGAGAAACGUGAACAAUUGUCCUAUGUUUGUGCUGAAAGACCGAAUCAAAUACGGCAUCCAGAUAAUCUAAAACUUGAAGGUGAAUUUGAAAAACGUUCUCAACAUGUAGUCGGACCCGGUGACAGAGCCCCUAUUGUUAAACCUAAAGAUAAUCUCAAACCUGAAGGUGAAUUUGAUAGACCAUCUCCAGAGAAAUACACAUCUGGUGAACGACCAAAACAAAUCAGACAUCCAGAUAACUUAAGACCGGAAGGUGACUUUGAUAGACCAUCUUCAGAUAAUUACAGACCAGGUGAACGACCAAAACAAAUUAGACAUCCUGAUAAUUUAAGAAUGGAAGGCGAAUUUGAAAAACGUACUACUCAAAUUAUUGGAUUGGGUGACCGGGCUCCUAUUGUUAAACCUAAAGAUAAUCUCAAACCUGAAGGAGACUUUGAUAGACCGUCUCCAGAUAAAUACACAUCCGGUGAAAGACCAAAACAAAUCAGACAUCCAGAUAACUUAAGACCAGAAGGAGAAUUUGAUAGGCCGUCUUCAGAUAAUUACAGACCAGGUGAACGACCAAAACAAAUUAGACAUCCUGAUAACUUAAGACCAGAAGGAGAAUUUGAUAGGCCGUCUACAGAUAAUUAUAAACCAGGUGAACGACCAAAACAAAUCAGACAUCCAGAUAACUUAAGACCAGAAGGAGAAUUUGAUAGGCCGUCUACAGAUAAUUAUAAACCAGGUGAACGACCAAAACAAAUCAGACAUCCAGAUAACUUAAGACCAGAAGGAGAAUUUGAUAGGCCGUCUUCAGAUAAUUACAGACCAGGUGAACGACCAAAACAAAUUAGACAUCCUGAUAACUUAAGACCAGAAGGAGAAUUUGAUAGGCCGUCUACAGAUAAUUAUAAACCAGGUGAACGACCAAAACAAAUCAGACAUCCAGAUAACUUAAGACCGGAAGGAGAAUUUGAUAGGCCGUCUACAGAUAAUUAUAAACCAGGUGAACGACCAAAACAAAUCAGACAUCCAGAUAACUUAAGACCGGAAGGUGACUUUGAUAGGCCGUCUACAGAUAAUUAUAAACCAGGUGAACGACCAAAACAAAUCAGACAUCCAGAUAACUUAAGACCGGAAGGUGACUUUGAAAAACGUACACAUCAAACAAUUGGUCCUGGUGAUAGAGCGCCUAUUGUAAAACCUAAAGAUAAUUUAAAACCAGAAGGUGCAUUUGAUAGACCUUCUCAACAAAAUUAUGGACCAGGUGAACGACCAAAACAAAUACGGCAUCCGGAUAACUUAAAAUCAGAAGGUGAUUUUGAAAAACGAGUCGUACAAAAAGUAACUGUAGGUGAGCGGACUCUUGCUUAUAAGCCUCAAGAUAAUUUACGGAUGGAAGGAGAAUUUGAAAAAAGAGAUCGAACUUAUACAGUUCGAAAGGUUGAGCAAGCUAUAAUCAGGAAACAUGAGGAUAAUUUGAAAAUUGAAGGAACAAUGCACUUUACCAAUAAAAACAUCCAUUCCGAUCAAAAGUCAUUAGAUUCAGGAUAUUCUCAAAAAAUAACUGAAAAUAAUCAAACUGUAAGCGACAAUAGACGAAUAAAUCAAAUGGAAAAAUCGCAUUCUUCUUCAAAUACUGAAAACUAUUCUUCAGUACACAAACAUCAGCAGAACAAUACGAAUUCUAGAAAGCAUAUUGAAUCUCAAAUUUCUUUGGGGGAUUAUGCUAAAGAUUCAAAUACAAAAGAAAAAAUUAGUGUCAAAUAUGGUCAGUCACAAUUUGAAGGAGAACUUAGACAAUCAUCUGAAUCACAAAACGUUGAAAAUCGUGUUGUGAAACAAUCAUCUGAUUCUACGUAUCAAAGAAGCUCAAAAUCUGAAGAACACGUGGAAAGAAAAAAAUGGGAGACUUCUCAAAAGAGAGAUUAUUUAAAAGGAUCCGUAACAGAUUUAAGCAGUAGUAGAAAUGCAUCAUCAUCGAAGCAACAACUUAACCAGAAGAAUGAUCAAAGAUAUUCAGAUAAUACAACUCGUCAACAUUCAUCCAAUCAUUAUAACCAUAUGUCUUCACAAAAUGUCAGUAAUUCAAAUCAGCGGCAUGGACAAACAAGUGAACAACACAUUUACUCUUCCCGACAGUCUCAAGAAUCCAGAGGGGUGUUGAAUCACAAUAGACUACAAAAUGAUGACCUUGUUGACAGAGUACAAUCUACACAACAUAGACACGGGCAUCUGAGUAAUAACGAUAGUCGAAAUUAUUCUUCACAGCAUCAAACUCUUCAAAACAUUGGUCAGUCUAGUCAAAAACAUACCAAUGAAACCAGUGCUCAAAACUUUAAACAGAGCACUACCACUAGUAAUUCGAAAAACAGUGAACAAAUUCGACGGCCUGAAAGUUUUGUUAUAACUCUGUCUGACGAAAAAUCAACAAAUAAUCGAAAUGCGUCAUCUACAGAACAGCGUUCUGAACAUUAUUCAAAUAAUCAAACGAGUAAAGUUCUCAAAACCGAAGUAGGAAGACAAUCGUUUGUUAGCGGAAAUACCAAUGAGAGAAACUCGAUUAGCCGUGAUUAUUCUUCGGAUUUGCGUUCAAACAAGUCAGCUGUAUCGAAUGAACAGUUGAAUAAAAGCAACCGGUAUGAGACCAGUAGCCAAAGUCAGAAUGAAAACAAUCGGGACAAUUCUAAAUCACUUUCGUCACAACAAAAAUCUGAGCACUCUACAAAUCGUUCGCAUGGCAGUGAAGUAAAAAGUUAUUCCACUGCAACGUACAGGAAGUCUUUGCACAGCACUAGUUCCAACGUGUUGAACAUCGACACGUCCUCGUUCGAUAGGAAAACACACAGUGACCAAUCUCAUCACCGUAAAUCCGUAAUAAGUUCGAACACGGAUCUGAGUAAUUCGGUGUUGCACCGCAAAGGAGAUGUGACGCAUAUCGAAGCGCCCCAUACCACUUCUUCGGCAGCGGCGGCCCAAAGAAAGAGCAUCAAUACGUUGGACUCGACAUACGUGGUAUCCCCUCCAGACAACCGGAACAGUAUUAGCGCUAUGCACCGGCAAGAUAGGGUGUCGAGGUCGUCCACAAACAGGUCACAUAUCAGUCUGGGCGAUUCUUCAAUGGAGUCCAGUACUAGUCAUUACAGAAACGAAUAUAAACCGCGAGUGAGCGGACCAUGCCCUGUUCCGUUAAUCGAAAGAAAUCAAGCGCCUUUUAGACACACCCGGGAUACUAAAACACACAAAUUCUAUAAGUCAACUACACCGGACGGAGAUCGUAAAUAAACCGUAUAGAAAAGAAAUGAAACGGACUCAAGAUGAAAUACUCGACGUUUAUAAUUAAGAAUAGCUUGAACUAUGUUUUACUAAUAUAUAUUUAAUUUUAAAAACAAACCAUACCUAUAAAAUAAAAAAAAACUAUUUGAUUGUUAUUAUAUUAAAGGAUUGUAUCUCUUUGAAUAUUAUAAAUUAUAAACUAAUGAUAUUUUGUAAAAAUCACUAGGUAACUUUUUGUCUAGAAUCAUUAGAUAAAACUGUGAGAAAAAAAAUACAUGACAAUGGAUACUUUAUUUUAGUAACCGGUGACAUAUUAAAUAUUGUAGUAUUUUACAAUUCUAAAUGAACCUAUCCGGUGAAAAAAUAAAAUUAUUGUAGGUUUCUUCCAGAAUUACAGGAAUAAAAAUAAUCUAAAUAUCGAUAUUAAAUGUUGUAGAUAAAAUUAUAUUAAAUAAUUUUCAUAAGUGAAAAUAUAAGUAUGCACAAUAUAUUAUGAUAAAUAUGGAAUUGAAAAAUGUAACACAAUUCAUAUUAUUAUCGUCUGAUGCUUUUUUGGCCUAAUAACCAUAUCACAUAAAUGUGUCUGUCAAUUUUCAUUUUCUCACCAUUACUUUGAGACAAAAAAUGUGCCCAGUGUUUUUAGCAAUUACUUAUUAAUUAUAAUAAUUUAUAAUAACUAUCAUAAUUAAAUCUAACAUGAAGUCACCUACAAAAUACUUGUUAAAUUAUAUAAGUGCUUUAAAUAACCAUGUUUUAUUCAAGACUAAUACUUAAAUUUAAUAUAUAUUUAUAUACUGUGAUUUUGUUAAUUUAUUUUAUGUACUGAAAUUUGUAUUAAAUGAACUGUGAUAUCUUCUUAUGAAUUUUAAAAACUUGACAAAUUCUUGACAAAUGUAUUGUAUUAUUUUUAUUACAUACCUAACUAAAUUAUGCAUUAAAAUAUUAUUUUAUUAUUAUUUAAAUUAUUUUAUGUUAUAUUUGUUGUAUUAAUAAAAUUAUUAUCAGUUAUAAAAUAAAUAAACCAUACAGAAUCUGAAACUAACAAAUACAA